GCGGACGAGCGCACGGACAGAGCGGAGCGCGCUGCGUGGCGACCCCGGCGUCCCCCAGCCUCCUCGGCGUCCCCGGCCCGCAGCUCUCAGGACCCUCGGCGCGCGCCGCCCCGAGCCGAGCCCUCCCAUGAAGCCGCCCGCGACAAAGGGCAGCCCGGCGGCCGCCGCGGCCGCAGCCCCGGCCUUGGACUCGGCGGCCGCCGCGGACCUGACGGACGCGCUGUGCGAGUUUGACGCGGUGCUGGCUGACUUCGCGUCGCCCUUCCACGAGCGCCACUUCCACUACGAGGAGCACCUGGAGCGGAUGAAGCGGCGCAGCAGCGCCAGCGUGAGCGACAGCAGCGGCUUCAGCGACUCGGAGAGUGCCGAUUCGCUGUACAGGAACAGCUUCAGCUUCAGCGAUGAAAAACUGAAUUCCCCAACAGACCCUGGCCCCGCCCUGCUCUCCCCCACUGUCCCUCCGCGGAAAGCCAAACUGGGAGACACAAAAGAGCUAGAAGACUUCAUUGCUGAUCUUGACAGAACACUAGCAAGCAUGUGAGACAGGGCGUCCUGCGCCUUGCACCCUGCAGAAGCUUCAGGAAGCUCGGAGGACCUGGAAAAGCCAGCUGCGGAGGGGACGGAGAGGAGCCCUCACCCACCACCCGGCUGUUCUCAGGCUCGCCUCCAAGUCAGCCCUGGGGCACACCUCUUGGCAAUUUAGACAGUGAAACUGACUUUGUUUACCUGCUUGCAGCGAGUUAGGACAAAUGAUCCACGCUAAUGUUGUGUUUUAAAACACGGCUUUCCUGUAAUUUAAAGUGCUUUUAUGAAAAUAUUUGUAAUUAAUUAUAUAUAGUUGGAAAUAGUAAUAUGCUUUUCCCAUUAUAAUAUAUUUUUGUAUACAAAUAAAAUUUGAACUGGAAUC